AUGUCGCAUAACAAGGGCCACAUACCACGCCACCUCGCACGGGGCAAGGACACACCCGCCCCUGUCAAGUACGGCAUCAUCUCCAUGGACACCACCCCUGAGACGCUGGCGCUGUCGUCGUCUGCUGCGGCGGCUGCAGCAGAGCAUGAGAAGCUCGUCUCGCAGGUCGACCGCCUCGCUCGGGCCCGCUCGGUCAUCGUCUCCACGGACGAUGCCCGGGUCAGGGCCCGCCUCCGUGCCCUCUCGCUGCCCAUGACGCUGUUUGGCGAGGGCGAGGCCGAGCGGAGAGAGCGCUUGCGGAGCUAUCUGGCCGAUCUGGAGAUGGAAGGCAUCGACUCGAGGACUGCCGGCCUGAGCCCGGGCGACAACCAGGACAUCGCCGCCGACGACGGCGGCGUCGAGGCCAUGGACGAGACCGAGCUGGUGUACACAGAGGCUGACCCGGCGCUUGUUGCCGCCCGCCACGCCAUUCUUGCCGCUAGUCAGGCUGCCGCUGCCGCUCGCCGCGCGCGCCUUGCCGCCACGCUCGGCUCGCGCGACGCGGCCACUCUCGAGGAGGACCGCAUCCGCUCGCUCGGCAACGCCACCGCCAAGCACGUCUACGUCUCGUCACAGCGCGCCGGUCGGCGGACGGUAGCUCACUGCGCACUGGCACCCGACGGUGCUCGCCUUGCCACGUGCUCCUGGCACGGGUGUGUCAAGGUCUGGGACGCCGCCUCGUGCGAGCUCAUCCUCGACAUGCCGACCGCCCAUGAGGAGCGGGCGUCGGGCGUGGCCUGGUCGCCGGCUGCCGGCGCCGGCGGCGUCGACCUCGCCUCGUGUGCUGCAGACAUGACCAUCAAGCUGUGGAAUGUCGACGCCGCGGCUGCGGUGGCCACCCGCGACGAGGCCCCACCGCCGCGGGCUGUCCUCACCGGCCACCGCGACCGGGUCUCGCGAGUCGCCUUUACCCCGACCGGUGACUAUCUCGCGUCGACCUCGUUUGACGCCACCUGGCGUCUGUGGGACGUCGCUUCCGAGACUGAGCUCCUCCUCCAGGACGGCCACUCGCGGCCGGUGUAUGCGCUGGGCAUGCAUCCGGACGGCUCGCUGGUCGGGACCGGCGGCCUCGACGCACUCGGCAGGGUGUGGGACUUGCGAACCGGCCGCACCGCCAUGGUCUUGCAAGGCCACGUCCACGCCAUCCUCGCCCUCGACAUGGCCGACAACGGGUACCACGUCGCCACCGGCGGCGACGAUAACUCGGUCAUUAUCUGGGACCUCCGCAAGCAGCACGCCGUUUACAUCCUCCCUGCCCACACCAAGCUUGUCUCCGACCUUGCCUUUAUCCCUGGCGGCUCGUCGACGCUCGUCACCGCAUCGUACGACGCGACCCUCCGCCUCUGGUCAGGCACCAACAUGUCGCUCCUCCGCACCUACACCGGACACUCGGACAAGGUCACCUCGGUCGCUGUCGCCGCCAACGCCGCCAAGUUUGUCUCCUCCUCCUUUGAUCGCACCUUUAAGGUCUGGGCCUCCCCGUAGCCGAAAGCUCAGUUGAACGCGUCGAUGUAUACCA